AACGUCAAAUCCAAGAGUGAUUCGUGAAAAAACAAAACAAACGAUCCGUUGAAUCUGCCCGCCACCGACAAAUAGAAAUUUUUUUUAGUUGGUACAGAUAAAAUAUUUUCAGCCGCAGAAAUCGAUGUAAUUACCUCAUAAGAUGGCCUUCUCGUGCACAAUUUGUACCGAUAUAUUCGUGUCGUCGGACGAUAUCCACGUGACGCCCUGUGGCCAUGCCUUUCACUACCUUUGCAUUCUGCAGUGGCUGGAGCGAUCGAAGACAUGCCCGGAGUGUCGAAACAAAUGCAUCGCCACGAGCUUGACCAAAGUAUACAUGAACAUCACCACCAACGUGGACAAUCCCGGGGACAACGCAAUGCUGAUGCAGAACUUGGACAACCUGAAACUAUCGUUACGGGAGAAGGAUACGAAGCUGAAGAACCUGGAGGAUUCGCAAGCCGCUCACAAACUGGAACGCAAAAAGAUGAAGAAACUGGUGGCUUCGUUGGAGGGUACGAUCAAAGGUCAAGAUUGCAUUCUUUCAACGCUGAGGCACGAAAUGGACAAGCUACGGGCCGAGCAGACUGCCCAUCAACGACUCAAGGAAGAUAUGAAAAAAAUGGAGAAUAAGAUGCAGCUGAUGAAGACGGUGGAAAUGGCCAUUGGGUCCUCUACCAAAGAGAUCGAGGAUCUAGUAGCGAGCAAUAGCAAUCCCCAAACGCUGGCCGUGUUGGUGACGUCGUUGAAGCGAGAACUGCAGGCCAGUGAGUUCAAAAGGAACGAGCUUCGCGAUCGGAUCAAAACGUACCAGAAUGAUCUGCACAAGGAGCGCGCCAAGUGCAAGGACCUGGAAGACAAACUGUCCACGUCGGAUAGUGAGAUAUAUCGACUGCAACGAGAGGUGGACGCGUUGUCCAAGCGAAAGGCCGAUACCGACGAAGAUCCUUCGGAUAGCAGCGUAGUGCUGAACACACCCGAUCAACCGGUGAAGCGGAAGCGUAAAUUCGAUGACUUCGAUAUGAACAAAUCCACUCCGGUGGCGGAUAAGGUGCGCAACAUCAUUGCUUCGGAUUCCCCGUUUCUUCCCAUCAGAGCAUCCGCCUUCGGUCUGCAUCCGGUGUUUCGGAAGGGGCUCAGUGCGGCAGCGUUGAGUAGGAAAGAAUCCACCACCGGAACGGCCCUCACGAAAACCACUAGCGACCUGAGCGAUAAGGUUUCUGGAAGCCUUCAGCCAGCGAAACACUUCUCCAUUCCUUCGAGCUCCGCCUCCAAUCUAGUGGGGGGAUUGAUGAAAAAGGAAAAUGCACCAAGUAUGCUGGUGCCGCUCACCACCGGCCGGAUCGUGACCAUCAACCGAGGGAUGAAAAAGAAGGCGGCCUCUAGUUCGAACCUGGCCGCCUCAAACACCGCUCCGGAUGAUUUCCUGGAACUUGAUUUGGACAGCUAGCUAGCACGAUACAAAUAGUUAGGCAACUUCGAAAUUCGACGUAGCAUUUAAUAAGUAUUUAAGUGAUACAAUUUACAUUCUGACAAAUGUUCCAGGUACAAUAACACACGCUUAAAGCAGUGAGAGCUGACGUUGAAAGUUUUUAAUAAACAUUUGUUCAACCAAUUGUUACACUGUUUAAAAAAAA